GUGUGGCGAGACUCUUGGCGACAGCCGCUGGACAAAACCUUGGGUAGGAAUUUAACCCCAAUUUCAGGAGAAGAAUGAGUCACUCCUCUUAGAUGUACAAAUCAUGAAAUCCCAAGGUUUGCUUAACCCGAGUUUACAUUAUUUCGUAACAUUGAAAGAGGAUUCACACCUCAAAGUCCAGUGAUUCGGUAGUGGCGGCCUAAAUUUGUUCUCGGAUUAGGAAGUCUGAUAUUCAAAACAUAAUUACGAUCGAUUAAAAUGUCUUGAUGAAUUCGAAGAUCUGCCCGCACAUAUAUAAUUAAAUCCAGUCGCCAAAGGCAAAGCGAACGUAAUAAUAAUUCAACAGUAUAUUGAAUGCACUCAUUCAGUCAUAAUGUGAUGAAGAGACCAAUUUCAGAUAUCUUCUUUGUCUCAAGCCAAAUUGUCGGAACACAGAAUAAUCAGAUAUCGAAUGACGCCAAGGCUAGCGUUGGAUUCAAUGAUAAAUGAUACCCUUUAGACUUACAAAUGACCGCAUUAUUGGAUCAGCGAUUGUUCUCCGUAUAAUAUACUAGACUGAUGACGGGAUCAUAUCUGUAAAUGUUUGUCUGCCCCACUGAACACGAAAUUUCACAUCCAAAUGCUCAGCCCUUAUCGUAUACGAUUAUUGAUCAAAUUGAAAAAUUCUCAAAGCCAUCGCUCCUUGAUUAUCAGAGUUAUCUACAACAGAUUUGCGACGCGUACGAAUGUUUGGAACAAUUUAUCUCUGCCGUUUUGAGUUUCAUCAGAUCUACGCUACUUUGUGGUCGAUCAAUUAUGCCGCACCGGCUCGGUCUAGUGCGCCUGUUCAAAUUAUAAACGAUAAUCAAGGUUUUAUGCUUUUGCACAAUAUUAUCAACAUAUCAAAAUUACGCGAGCGUGGGUCGGAGUCAGCGUCGUGAAAACAUUUUCUCCCGAUCUACUUAGUCUAGCGACCUGAGGCAUAAAGAAGGGGUAGAGUAAAGGCAUUGCGAAAGCCCCACUUACCAGGCACAAUGAUGGACACACAUUCAGAUGAUGAUGAUAUCGUGAAGGUGGAAAUGCAGGAUGUAUACCCCACCUCAAGGCAGCAACCGGAACUUCAUGCCCACAACGAUCAUUCUUCCAUUUCUUCCUCAGGACGCCUUGCAAUGGAUGCAUCUCGGGGUAGCCAUUAUGAUCAUGUGAGCAAUCUUAAUGAUCAGAGCCCUAUUUCGGUUGAGCAACGUGCAGCUGCCAUUAUGGACCGCAUCAAACAGCUUUACUUCAUUGACGAUGAUCCUGCUCGCAAAGAAUUUCUCGACGAUUAUUUCGAUUUCAUGCGUAAAAGAGUUAAUUUUACAGAUGCUACCGUUACAAGAAUCCCAACCAUGGCCAAACAGCCUCUUGAUUUGUACAAACUUUACAAAACAGUCGUUUCACUUGGAGGUUUGACCGAGGUUGUUAGAAAUAGGCAUUGGAGCAAAGUGACAAGGGAACUGAACCUCCCAGCCAGUAUUACUAGUGCAGCGUUCACAUUAAGAACACAGUACCUUCGAUUUCUCUAUGCGUACGAAUGCUUCCAAAAAGGCAUCGAUGAACAGGCUUGGAAGAUAGAAGAAUGCGACGAUCUUUCAAAUAGCUCCUUCAGAGCAACGCAAGCAAGUCCAUCGUCUUUUCCUGACAAUCGACCAUGCUUACCAUCACGUGAUCUUUCAAAUAGUCAGCAUCAUUCGCCCCAAUGGCCUAACGAACAAUUGAUCAGUGGUCCCUUCGGACCAAGACCAACAUUUCCUCACCCACAAGCCCAAUUGAAUCUACAGCAUGGUCCACCGCACACCGGAUUUCCCCAUCGCGUUGAAAUGCGUUGCUCUGAUAUGUUGCAUCGCAGUCCAAAAGUAAAUCACGUGCCAACGGAGCAUAUUGCAAACAGUCGAAUCCGACCAGAGACAAAUAAUAACGAAUGCCCUCCGAACUGCGAUUGUGGCAAGCCGGUAAACGGCGCUCAAAGUCCGUCGGUACCAAGCCAAGUGACUCCACCUGGUAGGCGAUCAAAUGAUACCCAGAGUUCCUCGACGUCAUCAAGAUCUGGUAAUAGAGAUCUGGUAACUAGCAAAGAUUCGGAUAAAUCAGAUACCGUAGAGGAGCCAAAUGCUCAUCAAACUCGGCCACCUGAUUUGGAGACUAGUCAGCCAACCAACCUGCAUUCGGAUAUACCUGUCUGCUCGACUUCAGAUGGAUCUUUACCCGGGCAAAUGGUAACUGAGACCACUGUAGAUGUUCACUCUGAUUGUCAUGUGCUUCCAGGAGAAACAGGGAAGCAUUUUUGUGGCAAUAGUAAGGAUGAAAAUCGUUCCAAUCACCUACUCCACGACCAUAGCAUUCACGAUCAUAACAUUCAUGAACACAUGAGCAGGGUUCACUUUCCAGUUAACGGACCAGUCAUGCCCUCAAACAUGUUACCAUAUACACGUGGUCCAUACUGUAAUCCACGCAAAAGGCCUCGCUUCUAUGGGCCUAAUGAACCAACAAGAGGAGGCUGUGGUUGUGGGCGAGGUGAGAUUCUGGAAAGCUCGGAGCCAAUGACUUUUAAAGUGCAUUAUCGAACUGAGCAAAGAGUAUUUGUGACACUGCAAUUUGGAAAGAGAAUGUACUUAGGUGAACUCUUUGCUGAAGAAUGGGAAUGACUAAUAAUUCAUGAAAUCAAUUAAAAUUGGCUUACCUAGAUUAGGAAUUUCAUUUUUUACAUAUGGGAAUUUUAGUGAACUUUUGCUGGGAAGCAAAUCUAACUCAGAAGAGAAAUUUAUGUUAUUUUGUACAAAAGUCGGAUCAUUUUAGAUUAUUUCUUGAAGAGGAUCAGUAGUGUCUACGUCAGUAUUCUUUUCUGAAUACCCUUCUUUGUUGCCUUUGUUUUCACCUUCUUUUAAUUCAGAGCUUUUAUUGGCAGAUGUAGUCUGCUUAUCCUGAAGCUUCUUCUCGCUAAUUCGUGUCUCAAAGUUGAGCAGAGUGGCAAAAAGAAGACCUUACAAAAUUUAAUUUUGAUUUUGGGAGUUUUGA